CUUUCCUUUCUUAGUCUUGGGAAGGUUUUCGUCGUCGCUGGUUUUUGUUGUCGUCGACUUUUCUUUUCGCCCGUUACGCGCGAAUCUGCUCUGUGAGCACCCACGUUCCUUACCACAACACCAUUUGGAGUCGUCGCAACGUUGUAUACAGCUCGCAAUAUCCUUCGCAAGUCGACGCUCAUGCAACGACCACCAUAAAACGAAGGCUACGAUCUACCGUUCCCAAUGCGCCGACGAGCGUUCACUGCGGGCGCAAGCGCUCUGCUGCUCCUCACUGCGUCAGUUGUCAGCGCGACACAUGGAGUUCACGAUCACCUUGAGGCGCUACACAAGAGACACCGAGCAAACCGCCAUCUGAAUGCCAGAUCAACCGCCGAAAAUGGAGAGCAUGGGGUGGAGAUGCGAUCCAUCAGCGAAAGCACCUCUCAAACACAGGUAGAGAAGCGUAGUGGACAAUGCGCCUUUCCUACCAACGCUGGCCUGGUAUCGGUCACUCCAAACGAGUCCAAUGCUGGGUGGGCUAUGAGUCCCGACCAGUCAUGCACACCUGGAACAUAUUGUCCGUACGCUUGUCCCCCAGGCGAGGUCUCGAUGCAGUGGAAUCCAAGUGCGACCAGUUACACAUACCCACUGUCAAUGGAUGGUGGCCUAUAUUGCGAUGAGAAUGGCAAUAUACAAAAGCCGUUUCCCAACAACCCCUAUUGCAAGUCUACCGAGACGAGCAUUGGCGUCCAAAACAAUGCGGGCGAUCAUGUGUCCUUUUGCCAGACAGUCCUCCCUGGGAAUGAGGCCAUGCUGAUUCCCACCUUGGUGACGGAUUCUGCGACCUUGGCUGCCCCAGACAUGAGUUACUGGUGCGAGACCGCUGCACACUAUUAUAUCAAUCCACCUGGAAUAGACACCGAAACUGCUUGCGUUUGGGGAACCAAUGCUAAUCCCUACGGUAAUUGGUCGCCCUAUGUGGCUGGUGCCAAUGUCGACGCAUCGGGGAACACGUACAUCAAGCUUGGAUGGAACCCGAUCUACCUUGAAGAGGCCACUCCCUUCCGGAACGAGAUGCCAACCUGGGGUGUCGAGAUCGACUGUCCCAACGGCGGCUGCAAUGGCUUGCCUUGCGCGAUUGACCCCAGCAAGAACAGCGUCAACGAGAUGGAGGGAAGCUCUACCGUUGGGGCUGGCGGUGCCACCUUCUGCGUGGUUACGGUUGAGAAGGGUUCAAGUGCGCAAUUCAUCGUCUCCAGUGCUGGCGGAAGCAGUAGUAGCAGCAGCAGCAGUAGCAGUGGCAGUGUCAGCAGCUCAAACACCAGUCCCAGCAGUGGCGCUGGCAGCUCCACGGCCGCCUGGACCAAUGGUGGACAAUUCUAUGAGUCCUCCGCCAGCUGGUCAGCGUCCGCGUCCACCUAUGCUUGGUCCGCGUCGUCCUCCACCACGACGACGCACGCGCACACCACCUCUGUCGCAUGGCCCACAAGCUCGUCGACAACAUCAUCGACCAAGUCUUCCAGCACAGCGGAAUGGAGUCCUGUCGCUUGGAGCUCAACAAGCACGCACUCCUCGAAGCAGACCCAAUCAACUCAUACACCCUACUACUCCUAUUCCAACUCAACAACCACUGCUACCAGCAGCUCCUUUGAAGGGCUAUCACAAACCUCCGUUGUUGUUGUUGAUGCUACUGCGACUCCAUCAGGACCAACCUCAUCGGUAUCACCAUCAAUCAAGCCUGCAACGGGCGCCGCUUCCUCCGCCCAAUACUCUCUGGCCAGCCUGUUGUUUGGCCUGGCUCUCUAUGGCUUGGCCACACUGUAAGCUUGAGGAUUCUUCCCUUUGCACUUACAGGCACAAAAUCUUCAUUCACUCAGGCACGCCUUGAAAUUCUGGCCGCAGCUGGACUUGCAGACAAAUUGGCCGGUUGUACCGGCCGAGACUACCUUUCUUCUGUCAACACUUUUUCAUACAUGACACCUUGAUCGAGACAUUUCUUUUCUUGUACGCAGGACAUUUGGAAACAUUCUGGAAAUGCUGGGGAAGAGUAAGUGUUACUCGCAGACCUCUGAGUUCGUGUCUCGAGUAGGGAAUUCGAGCGCGAGGGAAAAAUAGGGAUAGUUGUCUGGAAGAUUCUUGAUGGAACGUUGUGGAAGCAUAUGGUUCGAAGCCUUUUAUCUAACGAUGACCACGUCUACCUUGCCUUGAUUUGUUCCCAUGGCAGGAUCCCUUCAAUCCUCGGGAUAGGAGUUUGUUGCUUCGCUUGGGGGCCCGAUUUGGGAUAUC